AUGGACUUCCUGUUCCAGGUGCUGUUCUCUCCUCUCCCGACGUCGGCCGUCUUCUCCCUGCUCGCCCUGGGAGCUGCCACCUUGUUUUACCUCCACUCGCGGCCCAGUCCCCUCCGAACCCCCGCCAACCUCGAACACCAGACUCUGGGGAUCAAGGAUGGAGCGAGAAAGUCGGCUUUGCUCGAAGGGAACAACGACCUGGUGUCGUACUGCAACGACGACGCCAAGACCCUGUAUGAGGUGUUUCAGAGGGGGCUGAGAGUUUCAGGUAACGGGCCGUGCCUGGGCAGCAGGAAGCCUGGACGGCCGUACCAGUGGCUGAAGUACAAGCAGGUGACGGAGCGAGCGGAGCACCUGGGGUCGGGGCUGCUUCACCGGGGCCUGAAGCCAAACACGGACACCUUCAUCGGCAUCUUCGCUCAGAACAGACCUGAAUGGAUUAUUGGUGAACUGGCUUGUUACACGUACUCCAUGGUAGUGGUUCCCCUGUACGACACCCUGGGUCCUGAGGCCCUUGUGUUCAUUAUCGACCGAGCCGAGAUCUCCACUGUGAUUUGUGACAAUCCAAGCAAAGUGGAAACGCUGCUGCAGAACCGGGAGAAAGGCCUGAGCCCUGUUCUCAAGACCAUCGUUGUCAUGGACGAUUUCAACUCCGAGUUGGUGAAGAGAGGGACCACGUGUGGGGUGGACAUUGUUUCCAUGAAGGAUGUGGAGGAUCUGGGGGAAGGUAAUCGUCAAGAUCCAAUUCCACCGAAGCCAGAGGACCUGAGUAUUGUUUGCUUCACCAGUGGCACCACAGGAAACCCUAAAGGAGCCAUGUUGACCCACGAGAACGUGGUCUCUAAUGCUGCAGGUGUCAUUGCAAGCUUCGAGUCGUCAGUAGCUCCAAACACGCAGGAUGUGAGCAUCUCGUUCCUGCCUUUAGCUCACAUGUUUGAGAGAGUGGUGCAGACGGUGAUUUACGGUGCAGGGGCGAGGGUGGGCUUCUUCCAGGGGGACAUCAGACUGCUGCCGGACGACAUGAAGACCCUGCAGCCGACCAUUUUCCCCGUAGUUCCUCGACUUCUCAACCGUGUCUAUGACAAGGUCCAGAGCGGCGCCGCGACGACCUUCAAGAAAUGGCUCCUGAACUUUGCGGUGGAGCGGAAAUUCGCUGAGGUCAAGGAGGGCAUCAUCAGGAACAACAGCAUCUGGGACAAGCUAAUCUUCCACAAAGUCCAGGAGUCUCUGGGUGGACGUGUGCGGGUGAUGGUGACGGGAGCAGCUCCCAUAUCUCCCUCUGUCCUCAACUUCCUCCGGGCUGCUCUGGGCUGUCAGAUCUUCGAGGCGUACGGUCAGACAGAAUGCACGGCCGGCUGCACCUUCACCAUGCCGGGUGACGCCACCUCAGGCCACGUCGGGGCCCCGCUGCCCUGUAACAUUGUGAAGUUGGUGGAUGUUGAAGAAAUGAACUAUUUCGCCUCGAAUGGUGAAGGGGAGGUCUGUAUCAAAGGUUUAAAUGUGUUCAGAGGAUACUUGAAAGAUCCAGAGAAAACUGCAGAGGCCUUGGAUGACGACGGGUGGCUCCACACUGGAGACAUUGGAAAAUGGCUUCCGAGUGGCGUUCUGAAGAUUAUUGACCGUAAGAAGAACAUCUUCAAGCUGGCUCAGGGCGAGUACAUCGCCCCGGAGAGGAUUGAGAAUGUGUAUGGACGCAGUGGACCUGUGGCCCAAGUGUUUGUGCACGGAGACAGUCUACAGUCCUGCCUGGUCGCCAUCGUGGUCCCUGAUCCUGACGUCCUGCCCAGUUUUGGCAAAAGUCUGGGCUGCACAGGCUCCGUGGAAGAACUCUGCAAACGCACAGAAAUUAAGAAGGCAAUUCUUUCAGACAUGACCAGACUGGGCAAAGAAGCAGGUCUCAAGUCCUUUGAGCAGGUGAAAGACGUUUACCUCCAUCCAGAGCAGUUCACCAUCGAGAACGGCCUGUUGACCCCGACACUCAAGGCCAAGAGGAACGAGCUCAAACUUCUCUUCCAGCCACAGCUCGACAAACUGUACGCCGACCUCCAAUAA